AUGGCAAAGGAGUCUACUGAAUUGAUUAUUCCCAACGAAAUUCAAUCUACCUACGAACAAGGUGUAAAAUUUCAGCAAAGUGAAAAUGAUGCACAAGCGCUAUUCUAUUACAAGAAAGCUCUUACUACAAUCCAAUCGAUGUCUAAAACUAGUAACAAUAAUUAUCAUCAAUUUGAACACGAUAUUUAUAUCGAUAUGACUGAUUGUUACAUAAAUCAAUACGAAUUAGUAGAAGCGGCUAAAUGUAAUGACAACGCAGAGAAAGUUGCCAAGAUACUACAAGAUAAAGUCAAAGCUUCAAACUGCGUAGAUAGGUGGGGAUGCAUUAAGCGAUUGCAAGGUGAUUUGAAUGGAGCCUUAAAUGAUUUUUACAAAUCACUCAAAAUGAAGUUAAAAUGGUUAAGAACCGAAGACAUCAGUGUCAGUGACUUAUAUCAUAAAAUUGGAAACGUUUAUGAUGAUCAAGACAAGUUUGAUGACGCUCUAUCGGUGUUUAACAAAUCACUCAAGACUCAACUAACACAACUUGAUGAAAAUCAUCCAAGUAUUGCUAUAACAUAUAGCAAUAUUGGACAAGUCUAUAAUGAUCAAGGCAAGUAUAAUAAAGCUCUAUCAAUGUUAAACAAAUCACUCAAGAUUACACUAACAAAACUUAGCAAUAAUCAUCCAAGUAUCGCUAAUACGUAUAACAACAUUGGACAAGUCUAUAAUCAUCAAGGCAAGUAUGAUGACGCUCUAUCUAUACAUAACAAAUCACUUAAGAUUACACUAACACGACUUGGCGACAAUCAUCUAAUUAUUGCUAAUACAUAUCGCGAUAUUGGACAAGUCUAUAAUAAUCAAGGCAAGUAUGAUGACGCUCUAUCAGUUUAUAACAAAUCGCUUAAGAUUACACUAACAAAACUUGAAGAUAAUCAUCCAAGUAUUGCUAACACAUAUGACAAUAUUGGGCAAGUCUAUAAUAAUCAAGACAAGUAUGAUGACGCUCUAUCUGUAUAUUACAAAUCACUCAAGAUUAAACUAACACGACUUGGCGACAAUCAUCCAAGUAUCGCUAUAACAUAUAACAACAUCGGAAAAGUCUAUAGUGAUCAAGGCAAGUAUGAUGAAGCUCUAUCAAUGUUGAAUAAAUCACUUAAGAUUAGAGUAAUACAGCUUGGCGACAAUCAUCCAAGUAUUACUGAUACAUAUAACAACAUUGCAAGAGUUUAUAAUAGUCAAGGCAAAUAUGAUAACGCUCUAUCAACAUAUAACAAAUCACUCAAGAUUCAACAAGCACAACUUGGCGACAAUCAUCCAAGUACUGCAAUAACAUACAAUGGAAUUGGACAUGUCUAUGUUAACCUAGGCAAGCAUGAUGAUGCUUUAUUAGUGUAUAAAAAAUCACUCAAGAUUGAACUAGCACAACUUGGUGAAAAUCAUCCAAAUACUGCUGAAACAUAUAACAAUAUUGGGCAAAUGAAUACUUAUCAAGGCAAUUAUGAUAACGCUCUGUUAAUGCUGAACAAAUCACUCAAGAUUCAUCUAACACGAUAUGGCGACAAUCAUCUAGGUAUAACUAAUACAUAUCACAACAUUGCAAGCGUCUAUAGACGUCAAGGCAAGUAUGACGACGCUCAGUCAAUAUGUAACAAAUCACUCAAAAUGAUACUAACAAAAUUUGGUGAUAAUUGUAAUCAUCCAAGAAUUGCUCGUAUAUAUAGACAUAUUGGAAAAGUCUAUACUGAUCAAGGCAAGUAUGAUGACGCUAUAUCAAUGAUUAGCAAAUCUAUUAAGAUUGACUUAACAAAACUUGGUGAUAAUCAUCCAAUUAUUGCUAAGACGUAUGGUGAACUUGGGCACGUCUAUAAAAAUCAAGGCAAGUAUGAUGACGCUCUGUCAGUGUAUUACAAAUCACUCAAGAUUAAACUAUCACAAGCUGGUAAAAAUUAUCUAAGUAUUUCUUUAACAUAUGACGGAAUUGGACAAGUCUAUCAUUGUCAAGGCAAAUGCGAUGAAGCUCUAUCAAUGUUAAACAAAUCACUUAAGCUUAAUCUAACACGGUUCGCUAACAAUCAUCCAAAUAUUGUUAGUUUACAUAACAAAAUUGCAAGAAUCUAUAAUCAGCAAGCCAAAUACGAUGACGCUCUAACAAUAUUUAACAAAUCACUUAAGUUUACACUAACACGACUUGGCGAUAAUCAUCCAAGAACUGCUGCUAUAUACAAAGAUAUUGGACAAGUCUAUAAUAAUCAAGGCAAGUAUGAUGACGCUCUAUCGGUGUAUAACAAAUCGCUUAAGAUUAUACUAACAAAAUUUGAUGAUAAUCAUCCAAGUAUUGCUAGUACAUAUGACAUUAUUGGGCGAGUCUAUAAUAAACAAGGCAAGUAUGAUGACGCUCUAUCAGUGUAUAACAAAUCGCUCAAGAUUAAACUAACACGACUUGGCGACAAUCUGCCAAGUAUUGCUAUAACAUAUAGCAGUAUUGGACAAGUAUAUAAUGAUCAAGGCAAGUAUGAUGAAGCUCUAUCAAUGUUUAACAAAUCACUCAAGAUUACACUAAAACAACUUGGCGACAAUCAUCCAAGUAUAACUAAUACAUAUAACAACAUUGGAAAAGUCUAUAAUCGUCAAGGUAAGUAUGAUGACGCUCUAUCGAUGUAUAACAAAUCACUUAAGAUUACACUAACACGAUUUGGCGAUAAUCAUCCAAAUAUUGCUAAUACAUAUGGCAAUAUUGGACAAGUCUACAAUGAUCAAUGCAAGUAUGAUGACGCUCUAUCAGUCUUUAACAAAUCGCUUAAGAUUACGCUAACAAAACUUGGUGAUAAUCAUCCAAGUAUUGCUAACAUAUAUGACAAAAUUGGGCAAGUCUAUAAUAAACAAGGCAAGUAUGAUGACGCUCUAUCAGUGUAUAACAAAUCGCUCAAGAUUAAACUAUCACGACAUGGCGACAAUCAUCCAAGUGUUGCUAUAACAUAUAGCAGUAUUGGACAAGUCUAUAAUGAUCAAGGCAAGUAUGAUGAAGCUCUAUCAAUGUUUAACAAAUCACUCAAGAUUACAAUAAAACAACUUGGCGACAAUCAUCCAAGUAUUGCUAAUACGUAUAACAAAAUUGGAAAAGUCUAUAAUCGUCAAGGUAAGUAUGAUGACGCUCUAUCGGUGUAUAACAAAUCACUUAAGAUUACACUAACACGACUUGGCGAUAAUCAUCCAAAUAUUGCUAAUACAUAUCGCGAUAUUGGACAAGUCUACAAUGAUCAAUGCAAGUAUGAUGACGCUCUAUCGGUGUAUAACAAAUCGCUUAAGAUCGACUUAACAAAAUUUGAUGAUAAUCAUCCAAGUAUUGCUAACACAUAUGACAAAAUUGGGCAAGUCUAUAAUAAACAAGGCAAGUAUGAUGACGCUCUAUCAGUGUAUAACAAAUCGCUCAAGAUUAAACUAUCACGACAUGGCGACAAUCAUCCAAGUAUUGCUAUAACAUAUAGCAAUAUUGGACAAAUCUAUAAUGAUCAAGGCAAGUAUAAUGAAGCUCUAUCAGUGUUUAACAAAUCACUCAAGAUUACAAUAAAACAACUUGGCGACAAUCAUCCAAGUAUUGCUAAUACGUAUAACAAAAUUGGAAAAGUCUAUAAUCGUCAAGGUAAGUAUGAUGACGCUCUAUCGGUGUAUAACAAAUCACUUAAGAUUACACUAACACGAUUUGGCGAUAAUCAUCCAAAUAUUGCUAAUACAUAUGGCAAUAUUGGACAAGUCUACAAUGAUCAAUGCAAGUAUGAUGACGCUCUAUCGGUGUAUAACAAAUCGCUUAAGAUCGACUUAACAAAAUUUGAUGAUAAUCAUCCAAGUAUUGCUAACACAUAUGACAAAAUUGGGCAAGUCUAUAAUAAACAAGGCAAGUAUGAUGACGCUCUAUCAGUGUAUAACAAAUCGCUCAAGAUUAAACUAUCACGACAUGGCGACAAUCAUCCAAGUAUUGCUAUAACAUAUCGCAAUAUUGGACAAAUCUAUAAUGAUCAAGGCAAGUAUAAUGAAGCUCUAUCAGUGUUUAACAAAUCACUCAAGAUUACAAUAAAACAACUUGGCGACAAUCAUCCAAGUAUUGCUAAUACGUAUAAUAAAAUUGGAAAAGUCUAUAAUCAUCAAGGCAAGUAUGAUGACGCUCUAUCAAUACAUAACAAAUCACUUAAGAUUACACUAACACGACUUGGCGACAAUCAUCUAAUUAUUGCUAAUACAUAUCGCGAUAUUGGACAAGUCUAUAAUAAUCAAGGCAAGUAUGAUGACGCUCUAUCAGUCUUUAUCAAAUCGCUUAAGAUUACACUAACAAAACUUGGUGAUAAUCAUCCAAGUAUUGCUAACACAUAUGACAAUAUUGGGCAAGUCUAUAAUCGUCAAGAUGAGUACGAUGACGCUCUAUCAGUAUAUUACAAAUCACUCAAGAUUAAACUAACACGACUUGGCGACAAUCAUCCAAGUAUCGCUAAAACAUAUAACAACAUUGGGCAGGUCUAUAAUGAUCAAGGCAAGUUUGAUGAAGCUCUGUCAAUGUUGAAUAAAUCACUUAAGAUUAGAGUAAUACAGCUUGGCCACAAUCAUCCAAGUAUUUCUAUUACAUAUAGCGAUAUCGGAAAAGUCUAUAAUCGUCAAGGCAAGUAUGAUGACGCUCUAUCAAUGUUCAAAAAGUCAUUGCAAGUUUCUUUAGUAACACUAGCAGAAGAAAAUCGACAUUCAAAUCAAUUUGGAAGAUCAAAAGAUAAUAACAGACAACAAUGCCGUAUAAAACUUAGCCAACAUGACUAUGAAAACGUAGAUAAAUCGACUAACAAGAAUAUCAGUGAAGAAAAUUACAAAGAUUUAUCUGAUAUCAUUCGUUUUGGCAAACGUAAAGAAUCGAUGCGCGAUUACACGUCUCGUAAAAAGAAAAGAAUAGCAAGUGCAGACGAUGAGUGA